AACACAAACAUUCCUGUUGCAGCAGCAGUAGCGUCAAGCACACACAGGACUAACCGAGUAUAAUCGUCAAGGAUCAAAACACCAUCGAGUAUACAACUCAAUUUCAAUUUGCAAAAUGUUCGCGAAAUCUGUGCUAAGCGUUUGUGUGAUUGUGGGCCUUGUUGCAGUUGGUAGCAGCAACCCCGUUGAUAACAAUGGCAAGUAUACGGUUUCGACCGAAAGAUCUAACGACGGCAAAUAUCGUGCGUAUGAUGAUGGACGGUAUCAUCCGAGUCCCGCAGACGAAGGCCGAGGUGGUAAUCCAGAUUCUUUAGCUGGCCGUUAUCAUCACGAUGUGCAGCCUUAUCGUCAUGUGAGUGAUAACCGUGAACUUGGCAUUUAUCACCAUAUACCCUAUCCAUACGAUGGCGGCUAUGGACCAUAUUCGGGUCUCAAUCGCCCCUAUGUGCACGAUGCCAGACCUUACAACCACGAUCUGUACACAUCGACGACAACAACCACGACGAAGAAGCCAACCACAACCACGCCACGCACCACAACAACAACGACAACAACCACGACCACGCAACGCCCCAUUCUCUUCAACUACGACGACGAGGGCGGCCACAAGAUUCUGCAUCAGGAAGAGAUCCGCAAGAAGGACAAAUACGAUCAUGCUUUCCUGACCGAGAACGGCAUCUAUGGCGAGGAGCAGGCGAAGCUGCAUCAUGGCGGCGGCACCCACGCCAAGGGCGUAUACGAAUACACCGGCGAUGAUGGCAAACUGUACCGUGUUAACUACGCAUCAAAUGAUCGGGGAUUCAUGCCCGAGGGUGACCACAUUCCAACACCGCCACCAAUCCCCGAGGCCAUUGCGCGUGCUCUCAAGUACGUGGAGGAGCAGCACAAGGCUAACGGCGAUAAGCCUCUGUUCGAUCAUCGCGGCUUCCGCAUCAACCACAUGACCAAGGACAUCAAGGCUCAAAUCAAAUCCAUGCACCUGGAGAAAAUGCCCAAGGAGCUGAGUGAUCAGAUCCGCAUGCUGGAGCACGAGGUCGAGCUGGCCGAGGAGGAGGAGGCGCGUGAACUCGAAGAGCUGCGCAAAAAGAACUAAGCAUUCCCUUUCACAUUGCUGUGCUCUCAUCUUAAGCCAUAGGGAUUGUGUUGCACUCAACACUUUCUGAAAUCCCCCGCCCCAAAAACCCCCCAAAGCCA